CUUCAUUUCUCAGUCGAAAACGGCACACAUGGCAGGCACCAGCACGAAAAAGCCAUGUGCAGGCAGGCAGACAGCCAGGCCCCAUCAACGAUGCACUCACUGCACAGCACAGCACACCACUCGCACAUCUGUCCGUCCGUGUGUCGUGUGUGUGGUUGAGGGGGAGGGUGUGGGUGGACCGUUGGCUGCUUCAUCGGGUCAUUGGGUCGGGCCGUUCAGGGUUCCGAGAUGCCGAGUUUGGACCGGACGAACGUCUUGAGUUUGUCGAGGUCCUUGUUGAAGUUGCGGAUGCCCUCGGCGAGCUUGUCGUUGGCCAUGGCGUCCUCGUUCAACAUCCAACUAACCACACACAUAGCACAGAGAGAGAGAGAGAGAGAGAGAGAAGGUAUGUGUUGGGGAGAGAGAGGGAGGGGGGGGAGUGCAUCUGCGGCUCACCGGAAUGUCUUUUCGUCCAUUUUGAUCUUGGGGAUGUCCUCAUCGUCGACCAUGUCUUCGUAGAGCUUCUUCUCGAAGUGCCGCUUGGUGCUGUGCAGCUCCUCCAGCAACUUGGGGGAAAUCGUCAGCUUGUCGCAGCCUGCUCACACGACAGACACACAACGAGACACCCACGUGUUUGUGUGUGUGUGUGUGGAUGGAUGGAUGGAUGGACAACGCACAGGAUACAUACCGGCAAGGAAGAUGAUCUCUUCGAUGUUUCUGAAGGACGCGCCCAUGACGAUGGUCUUGUGGCCGUGCUUCUUGUAGUACUUGUAUAUCUUGGUCACGCUCUGCACACCGGGGUCCUCGUCGCCAGCGUACUCCGUCUUGUCCUUGUUGUUGGCCUUGUGCCACUUAAGCCAUCCAUCCAUCCAUCCAUCCACACACACACAGAGAGAGAGAGAGAGAUGCAUCCGUCCACUGGACGCGUCUGUGUGCUCUCUGCCUCACGUCGAGGAUGCGUCCGACGAAGGGCGAGAUGAGUGUGGCUUUGGCCUCGGCGCACGCAACGGCCUGGCCGAAGCCGAAGAGCAGAGUCAUGUUGCAGUGGAUGCCCUCCUGCACGUACACACACACACACACAGACACAGAAGGAGAGAGAAGGAGAGAGAGAGAGAGAGAGAGAGCAUUGUGCAACACACAAAAGGGUUGCCUUGGUAACCAUGACUGACCGCUUCGAGUUUCUCGCACGCCUUGAUGCCCUCCCACGUCGAGGCCAUCUUGAUCAAAAUGCGCUCCUUCUCAAUGCCUUCCUCCUUGUACAGCUACACACAUAGCCACACACACACACACACACACACACACAUAUGCUCACAUCCGCGCUUCUCUCGCGAUGGAUCAGUGGAGAAAGGAGCGGACCUUGAUGAAGUUCUUGGCCUUCUUGAUGGAGGCGUCCUUGUCGAAGGACAGGCAGGCGUCGACCUCUGUUGACACCAGGCCCGGCACUAUCUUCAGGAUCUCGCAGCCAAACUUGACCGACAGCCGGUCGCACACCUGCACUCACAGCACAGCCACAAUCACACGAGGGAGUGCAGUGCAUCAGUCCACACCACAGUACCCACAGCACACGCAGAGGCUCUUGAAUGACAUUGUGUGGUUGCCCUUGGUUGCCCACCGACCUCGCUGACGAGGUCUUCGCCCUUCUUGUUGGUCUUCUUGGCGCCAGCCAUGGCCGCGUCCAGCAAAUGGGCGUACUCGGGCAUCUGCGCGGCCUGAAACCACAAAAAAGGCCCAGACACAAGACGCAUUCUCUUCUCUCUCUUUCCCUCUCGUUGCCGAUGGCACCUACCUGGAACAGGAGGGUGGGGUUGGUGGUGGCGUCCUGUGGUUUGUAUUUCUUGAGUUGGUUGAAGUCUCCCGUGUCGGCCACCACAAUGGUCAUCUGCUUGAGCCGCUCCAGCGCCGGCAUGUCCGCCCGCUUGGCGGGAGACCCUCCCUUGCUCGGAGAACCCGCGCGCUUCGACAUUGCUGCAGACUAACGGGAUUAAUGGGCUGGGCUGUGGCCGGGCAACACGAAGUCAGGGCGCUGUUGUGGGAGA